GAGUCGACACACUUCAUUCUCUCGCAUUCAUGGAAGCAUCAACGAAACUCUUUGUGGAAGAGGCGGACGAACUCUCGGAGGAAACGGUGAAAUGGUCUAUACACAAGCUCUGGUGUUCGGGAACGGGAUGGCCGGCAGGUCCGAGCAGGAAAACGUAGUGGACAGUUUGAGAUUUCUUCAGGACUUCGAGUCAGACAAAGAGAAAUUAAGCCACUGCGGAACACUCAUGAAAGCACAAAGCUCAUCAAGCCUUGGAUCCCAGUGCAGUUUGGAAGAGGAAGAAGGCGAGGAUGGGUCGCUUCUUCAGCUCGAGCUCUCCAAACGCAUUGAAAAGUGUCUUUUUGAUGCCAAAAAGGCCAGUUUGCGCUGUCAGGAACUGCGUCUGCCCAGGCGCAUGACCGAGCGCGUGGCUGGAGACAUCCUGCGCGCGUCGGCGGAUGAGCCAUGCGGUAUACGCGGCGCUUUAAUACACCUGUUUAUCGAAAACAAGGGCACACUACAGAACCUGGGGACCGUGACGCCCGAUGAAAGUCUGACUCCCACAUUCGAGCUGUCAAUCAUCUUACGGCCUGAUGUGGAUGGGUGGCCGCCCCUCAAGAUCCUGUUCGGGGGUGGGAAAGUUCUCAGCCUGAGACGGGAAUACCGACUGGUUAAACGGAAGCUUUACUCAUCCGCCACUCCUGUUGUACUUGAAUUUUAUUGAGACUGAACGAGAUUUGUGGGAAAUAGGGAAAGGGGGAAGUUUGUAUAAUGUUCAAACUUCAGGUCAUAGGAGAAUAGUUUUGCACAUGCACAUUGUUUCUUAUCAACUCAAGUCUCAGCCAAAAUUCAAUUACACGGCACAUUUAAAAACAUGAUAAAAAAGAUAAUUACAUGAAAGGCAACAUAUACUAGUUACAAACUGCAUGGAAAAUGGUUACAUUUGUUUAAUUCAGAAUGCACUAAAUGUCUUCGAAAGCUGUCUUGUGUAGCUUAUAACUUUCAUGAAAUCUUAUUGCACUAUGCACGUUUAACAUAUCAUUGGUUGAAUUUACACAAUUCACUGAUCUGUUAAUUGAUGUGAAAUGUUAAAUGAUCUUAAAAAGUUAUCAUAAAACGUCAAACACUUCAAUCUGUCAAGACACUGUCACCUGCUGAAACUGACGCUCCAUAAUGUAAAAGCGUCUUUUAUAAAAUAUUGUUUCCACUGAUGCUCAGGAACGCAGUGCGGUUCAUGUAUGAAUCACUCUAAUUUAUUAUAUUGAUGUCAUUGUGAAUUGUUAUGAGUGUGCUUUUGUGAAAAUGAAAGGGACAAGCUGGUAUUGUCGUUCAAAAACACUACUGAAUCGUUUGUGACUGUACAUUUUGAAAGUGCCACGCAAGUUUAAUAAAUACCUCAAGAACUCA